AAGUCGUAUUCUUUGCUUAGUUCACAGAAAAUAUUCUUCAAUGAAAACCCCAGUCUUUCAGAAUAGGAUUGUGUGAUUUGAUUGCGUCGUCAGUUGACGUCCAGAAUGUCGUUCAAGCUGGAGUCGAGUAAGGACUUUAAGAAACCUCCUGGUCCAGUCUGUCUCAUCAUAAUGGACGGUGUUGGUAUUGGGGCAGAAGAGCAAUACAACGCCUGGUAUUGCGCAAAAACACCUUUUUUGGAUGCUCUUCGUAGUGGAAAGACUCCAAAGGGCAACACAGUACUGAACGCAGUGGUUGACGCAAGCGGAAGAUCGGUUGGUCUUCCUGAAGACUCGGACAUGGGCAACUCAGAAGUUGGACACAAUGCCUUUGGUGCUGGGCGCAUUUAUUCACAAGGAGCUAAGUUAGUCAACGAAUCUAUGGAUUCGAAGUCCUUCAAAACAGGUGAGACUUGGAAGUGGUUAUUGGAAAACUGCAGAGAUGGAAAGGAGGGAACUCUUCAUUUACUUGGUCUUUGGUCGGAUGGGAAUGUCCAUUCACACGUGAAACACGCUUAUGCGUUGUUAGAUGCAGCACUUGAAGAAGGUUGCCAGCAUAUUCGCUUCCAUAUUCUUUUAGAUGGGCGUGAUGUUUCGGAAACUUCGGCCCUUGACUAUGUAGAACCACUUGAGAAGCACUUGGUCUCUUUAAGAGAGAAGGGCAUAGAUGUUCAAGUUGCAUCAGGUGGAGGUAGAAUGGUAACUACGAUGGAUCGAUAUGAAGCGGACUGGAGAAUUGUACAAAGAGGUUGGCUUUCCCAUGUCUUGGCUGACACAGAAACUAUUAGGACAUUUUCGAGUGCAUCUGAAGCCAUUCAAACCUUUCGUAAGGAGGAGAAUGGCAUAAUCGAUCAGUUCCUUCCUCCAUUUAUUAUUGUGGAUGGAAAAGGAAGUCCAGUGGGGAGAAUGAAAGAUGGCGACUCUGUGAUACUCUUCAAUUUCCGAGGCGAUAGAGCCAUCGAAAUUUCGACAUGUUUUGAUGCUACUGAAGGAACAUUUCAUCAUUUCGAUAGAGGUUUGAUGCCAAAAGUUCGCUUUGCAGGAAUGAUGCAAUAUGAUGGUGAAAGUAAGAUUCCCAAACAUUAUAUUGUGUCUCCUCCCAAUAUUGAGAGAACUCUUGGUGAAUACUUGGUUCAUAAUGAGUGUCGACGCCUUUCAAUAAGUGAGACCCAGAAAUUCGGUCACGUUACUUAUUUUUUUAAUGGGAACAGAGCAAACAAAUUUAAUGAGGAGCUCGAACUUUAUGUUGAAAUUCCAAGUAGCAGAGAAAGAGAAUAUACUCGGCCUUGGAUGAAGGCUGCAGAAAUUACAGAUAGUGCUUUGGCUGCGAUAGAUGAAUUCAAACCAGACUUUGUAGUUCUAAACUAUGCAAACGGAGAUAUGGUAGGUCAUACAGGCGUGUAUCAUGCAGCAGUUAUUGCUAUGGAAGCAGUCGAUGUUAGUCUAUCUCGUCUAGUGAAUGGCAUUAUUGGGAGAAACGGUAUUGCUAUUGUUAGCGCAGAUCAUGGAAAUUGUGAAACUAUGGCAGAGGUUGAUAAGAAAACAGGAAAACCUGUAAAGGGAAAUUCACCAGAAGGCUGGAAAGCAUUGACUAGUCAUACAACAACCCCAGUUCCAGUUAUGAUAACAGGAUAUGGGAUCGACAAGUAUGAAAUAGAUGAAUCAGUUACUUGGGGUGAUGCCAAAAGAAAGAAAGCUGGUAUAGUUAAUGUCACAGCAACUUGUGUAAACCUUCUGGGUUUCGAGAAACCGAAAGAAUGGCUUCCGGGCCUUUUGAAGCCGAAAUCUUUGUAGUAAAGUUUUGUGCAAUUUAAAUUUUCUUCAGUUUGCAUCUAAAUUAUUUGUGUUCACUUUUGCAUCUCUAAAAUGUCUCAUUUUGAUUUUCAACUUGGUUUUCUUUUCUGCAUAUCUUUCAUUGUUUGAUGUGAAAGAACUAGGCAUGCAUCAGUAAACUCAUCUACAACAAACAAGCUGUUUAGGUUCUGACUCUCUUGAUAUGAGUCCAGUAAUACGAAGGAUGCAAGCGCACGGAAUCAAUUGUCUAUAUAUGUAUGAAUAUAUCCUAUAAAUACCAGAAUACUUCCUUCAUGUUUUCUUGAAGCUUUUGUCUCUCUUGUUGCCGCUCUUAUGAGAGUGCUCUUGACGUAACUCAUAUAUUGACAUUCGCAGAAUGUUUCUUGACUACUGUUUUUAUGCACAGCUUUUCCACGAAACGCCACUAGUCCUUCUCUGGGCUCAGGGUUCCUUUGACUUGUGCAGUGCGAUAAUUCAUACUUGUCUUUUGAAGGAGUCGAAAUACUUGCGGUCUUGAACUGCAAAGCAACUUUCAACUAUUAAGUGCAAGAGGGAAAAUAAAGUUUUGUCACUUUGA